CGGGGUGAUAUAAACUAAGCACCGGUGUGGUUCGUAAUGUUAAUGACCUUCUUUAAAGAGCCCUUUACACGUUUGAAUGCGUGUUACUGUUAUUUUCGUUCAACGUGGGGAAGAAGGGUUUGUGUUUAUAGGAAGCAGUAAAUAAACUGCAGUGAAAUAUUAAUUUUUACACGGUAGAAAACAGUCUGAACGAGAAAGCAUGACGACACCCAGGAUCUGGCGAGCAGCGGCAAUUGCGAGAUUGAUAUACAGCAGUUUUAUACAAAGGGACCUCACCAGAAGGUUUUUGCCUGCUGCCUGUGCCUUCCAUACCACUUCAGUUGAGCAGGAUUCCAACAGAACGUCGAUAGUGCGCUGUGGAAGGCAGAGUUAUGGGAGAAUGUACCCAGUCCUUCUGGUAAGACCAGAUGGCUCCACUAUCACCAUCAGAUACAAGGAGCCCAGGAGAAUUCUCAUGAUGCCAGUGGAUAUCUCCACGCUGUCUGAGGCGGAGAGGAAAGCCAGACUGCGCAAGAGAGAUCCGAAGAGGGGGGCGGCCAAACGAGGGCAGGAUGAGUUUGAGGAUGACUUUAGAAUAGACGAUUACAGCAAGUUCUGGAAGAAGUAGUAGCAAUGACUGUUUGAGCAGCAUUGGGACCACUUCCAGCAGUUCCGUGCAGCUUGUUGAAAGUUAUUAAAUUAUCUUAAUUUCAGUUCUGUGGAAGUCUUCCUAUUUCUCUAGCAUGUGCCACUUGCUUCAUUUAUAUAAGCAGUGUUUUUCAGUUUUCGGAUGGUGAUGAACCCUUUUUAUUCUGGGUUUAAGAUAAAAAAAAAAACAAACAAAGUUGACCAACGUAAAUGUAACAUUUUCAGAUUCCUCCUUUACUGCGAGGCAGUAAAUUUAGAAGCUGUAGAAAUGUUGCUCUGAUAACUUGAUAAUGUACAUACACAGUAUAAACAUGCAACUGUAAUGGGAGGGCACGUAUAUGCAAGAUCAGCACAUAGGCUUGGGUGUAGGAUUAUUUUAGGAAAGAGAUGAAAAGCACAAAGUCAAAAUCCGAUUUAAAAAAUGUUUUUGUCACAAGGUACCGUGCUAGUGUACAGUAAAGCAUAUUUAUAAACAUCUCAGCCCCCACGGCUUGCUUUUACACUGAUCUUCAGCUGUAAGGGUGCUUAUACUCACAUAGGCACAUGUACCUAUUUGCAGGAUAAUAUGGUAUUGUUAUUUAUAUAUUUAAUAUUAACCCUUUAUUACAUUAACAUAUUUUGAGCCUCAAAGUUUUGCUGAUGUACAAAUAUCUGUGGAUACAUUUUUGUAAAUGUUAACUUUUUCUCACAAUUGAUCAUGGAACCAAAAAGAACCGCAAAACUUUGCCUCCAGGCAUACACCAGUCUCACUCCAUAUCUUCACAAAAUUAUUACUCAUUUAGACAGUAUGCAUGUAUUUCUCUCUUCUACCCUACCAGAACAGACUAUCAGAAAUGAAAUGACUUUGAUCCAUUAUCCAUGCAGAAUUAACAAAGGCACAUCACUUUAUCCUUCCUAAAUAAACCUACUCAUUUUA